CAGUUUCCAUCGAAGCGCUGCUGAUUUCAAACCAAACGCGAUAUGAAGUCACUUGCAGUAGUUUGUAUGCUGGUGUCGGUUUAUUUGCUGCACGUAGAAGCAUUUUAUAACAGGAAUUCUUUUGAUAUAAUCGCAGGCUGCAAGCAACACGAUCAUGUAGUCGGUUACGACGGGUCAGUCCAAUAUUUUCCCACAACAAAUUUAGCUAACGUCGGGCGGACAAGCAACUCGAAAUAUUUCAGAAUCGCUGUUCUCGGAGCUAACGAUGGAAUCAUUCGAUUUGGCGAAUCCUUGUUUCCGUAUGACAGGGAUGUUGUAGAGAUCGUUCUGGGCGGUUGGGGUAAUACAAGAAGUGCCGGAAGACGGCAACGCCGAUCGUCUGCUAAUAGAUACUCAAACACGGUACUUUCCGAGACGAGUACGCCUAAACUGCUGUCUGAGUUCCAUGCUACCAUGUUCGUACUCGAAGUGUUCAACAAUGGUACGGUGCAAGUGAAAAAGGACGGACAGUUGCAUCCUUUCCUGUCGUUUUUCGACAUCAAUCGGAUUCCCGUCAAUUACAUGGCCCUCACGAGGUGGGAUAAGCAGGUGAUCUACUUUUAUGAUUGUCCUUUGGAGCCACCAAGAAACUGCACCACCCCUUAAUAGCGAACAACACAAAAAUAACAACUAGAUGGGAGCCGGCAUUCCGUAUUCAAAAAUCAAGUAUCAUGAAUAUAUAUAUAUAUUGUAGA